CCUUUGAUAUUCUUUUUGAGGACUCCCUCAUUUGGUCGAGCAGAGUCUCAGAACCGAUAGGGUUAAAAACCAUCUCGGCAAAUUUUUCCUGAAUCGAGCCCUCUAAGACGAGAUACAAAUUUCUUCAAUCUUGUUUGGGUCGUGAAUCAAUCAAGAAAGCAUGAGUGCACCAGACAAUCUCUUCUCUCUCAGUAACAAUUUCUACCUUGGCGCUUACCAGGCUGCCAUUAACAACAGCGAUGUUCCUGGCCUUUCUGAGGAGGAAGCCAUAGAAAGAGAUUGUCUCGUCUUCAGAUCCUACAUCGCCCUAGGAAGCUAUCAGAUGGUUAUCAAUGAGAUUGAUAACUCUGCACCAACUCCUCUUCAGGCAGUGAAGCUCCUGGCCUUGUACCUCUCAGGUCCCGACCACAAGGAAAGCACCAAGUCAAGUCUCCAAGAGUGGUUGGCUGAUGCUGCAUUGGGAAAUAAUCCUAUUUUAAGAUUGAUUGCGGGAAUCAUAUACAUGCAUGAGCAGGAUUACAAUGAAGCUCUGAAGCAUACCAAUUCUGGGGGGACUAUGGAGUUGUAUGCAGUCAAUGUUCAAAUAUACCUUAAAAUGCACAGAUCUGAUUAUGCUGACAAACAAUUAAAGAUUAUGCAACAGAUUGAUGAAGACCACACACUUACCCAACUUGCAAAUGCAUGGUUGAAUUUGGCAGUGGGUGGUUCCAAGAUACAGGAGGCCUAUCUGAUAUUUCAGGACUUCUCAGACAGGUAUCAGUUGACGAGUACAAUGUUAAAUGGUAAAGCUGUAUGCUGUAUGCAUAUGGGACGAUUUGAUGAAGCUGAGUCUCUCUUGCUGGAGGCCCUCAACAAGGAUGCCAGGGAUGCAGAAACCUUAGCUAAUCUUGUAGUUUGCAGUCUUCACCUCGGGAAAUCAUCUUCUCGCUAUCUCAGCCAACUGAAGCUGUCGCAUCCUGAUCAUUUGCUCAUUAAGCGGACCACUAUGGCCGAGGAGAGUUUCGAUAGGGCUCUUCAGGCAAGUGCAUAGGUGCUUCAACAAAUUUGAAUUUGGUUGUGAUGAAAAACCUUAGGCACCUUCUACUUCCGAAUUCUGACCAUUCAGCAUGGUUUGUAUCAUGAAACUAUUUGAAAGGUGAAAUGGCACCAUCAAUUUUAUCCUUCCAUAUAGAGGUCAUUGUGCUCCCAAGGACCUGAUGGGUGCCUUCUUCCCCCAUCUCAUGGAACUUUUAUACCAAUUGUUGUGAUUUGAUUCAAAGGAUGAUUGACAUUCGAGAAGGCAUAUUUUGCUUCUGGGAAAUUUGUUGCAUUCAUUUCAA